GAUUAUUUUUGCAAGCUUAUUUACAGUACAAACCUAUAUAGCCACUUUUUAUAUAGUUGCUGAGCAAAUUGUAAAUUGGUAGCAGAUUUUGAUGUGUAGAAUUAAGUCAUCAUCUAAAAUAGUUUCUUCUUAAGCCGUCAAUGAAGGUAUAAAAGACUGAAACGUGCUUACAGUAGUAUAAAGACUUUGCCUGCACGUUUGAUGAUUAAAGGUUUCUACAGUGUACUUAAAGUACAUGUUUCAGUAUGAAGCUCGUAUUGUGGGUAUUGGCUUUUGGAUUCCUAAACUCGGCGUUUACAAACAGCGAGCCAAAACAGGAGGAAGAACUUGGCCUCACUGAUAUUCAGGAUCAUUUCAGAACAACUUAUGACGGGAAUACGAUUGGCCAGAACGAUACUCCCAAUAAUCUUACAAAACAAGCAAGACGCCCACACAAGUGGAGAACUUUUCGCCCCAGACUAUUAAAGUCCAUCCUAGAGGAACGCAUUGGCGUUUUGAAGACCCUUGGAGUGAAAGUGAUCCUGACACAUGGGUCUUUAAAAAAAGCUUUGCAAAAGACUAGGAAAGUCGUCAAGAUCUACUACCAAAGAAAAGGAAAGAAUAGGGGGUUGUGCCGAGAGCUGAUUGAAGAAAUCACAAUACCAGCCGACGAAUCUGCAUCUGUAGCCUAUAGGUUUAAUUCAGUUACAUGCGAACAAAAACGUUGUUCGCAUUUUGGCCUCCGAAUUGGCAAAUGUAAACCGAAGAAAGCAAUAGUGGUCGUACCAUUCUACACAUAUGGGUAUCCGUCUAGCACAAUUACUUUAGAGUUUGGCUGUGCUUGCAGGUGCAUUCCGCAGUAAAAAUUAACUCAGUCACUGUUUUUCAGUAUAAAAUGACUUUGUAACCACUGUGAUUCGUAUAAUUUUUACUUGGGAAUGGCCUCGUUGAGACCAUUAAGUCCGACCAGCUGUUCCCUUCCUUAUAUUGUAUAUGUCUCAUGUUUUUUCUGUUUUUCUUGUUUGUUAGAUUUCUUAAGUAUUAGGUUAAAUGCAAGUCUGUAAAAAAAUAAUGACAUGUAAGCGGCCUGUAAUGAAUGUAUAGAGAUUAUCACAUGUUAAGAACUUGAUAUCGUUUUUAUUCACGAGUUUUUCCGUAUCAUAUCGCGAACGAGCGAGUCCUCGAGCGAGUGAGCGAUAUGAUACGGAAAAACGAUGUUUAUAUAACACACGCAAAAUGUUUUAUUGUCUUAAAUAUCCUUAACCGACUUACACCGUUUCAAAAUGUUAAAGAAUGAUACGUUUCCAAUUCAAUAUCAUUCAAGAUAUUAAAGCUUAAUUAAA